GAUCUGUCAUGAAGAAGCGAAUCCCAGACUCAGCUCUUUCCUCUUAAUUUCCUCUUGAUUACGGGAUGGCUGACCUCUUUAAGAGUGCCUUCGGGUAUUUAGGGUCCAAUGGCACCACUUCCGACAACGACUUCGUGGGUCAGGAGGUCGAAAUCAACGGCAUUAAGCUCAGAAUAAAGAAACAAAUAGCUGAAGGUGGUUUUGCGUUUGUGUAUGUUGCACAAGAUCUCAGCAAUGGCAAAACCUAUGCCUUGAAGCGACUGCUUGGUGCAGACCAGGUUGCCUGUGAUGCAAUUCGGCAAGAAAUAACAAUAUCAAAACAACUUUCGGGGCAUCCGCACAUUGUAGAUUUUAUUGCUGCUGCAGCCAUUGAUAAAACCCAGAGUAAAGAAAAUCGCAAUGAGUUCCUUUUGCUGAGUGAACUAUGUACAGGAGGAUCUCUUGUGGAUGCUCUUCGCCUCCUGAAUGGCAAACAGCUGUCGGUCCCACAGGUUGCUACCAUCAUGUACCAGACCACCAGAGCAGUUCAGCACAUGCAAGCGCAAAAUCCACCCAUAACUCACCGUGAUCUAAAAGUAGAAAACCUACUCAUAAGUGAAUCUGGUCAUAUCAAAUUAUGCGACUUUGGAUCUGCGAUGACAAAAAUAUACGAAGUUGACCUUGGCUGGAGUGCAAACCAACGAGGAUUACUAGAAGAAGAGAUGGCGCAGCACACAACACCAAUGUACCGUGCCCCAGAGAUGCUAGACACAUGGAGUAAUUACCCUAUCAAUGGACAGGCAGAUGUGUGGGCCCUGGGAUGUAUCUUGUACUAUCUCUGUUACCUCAAACAUCCCUUUGAGGAUUCUGCUAAGUUAAGAAUUAUAAAUGGAAAUUAUGCAAUUCCCACUAAUGAUGGCAAGUAUGAGUGUUUCCAUGAGCUCAUUAGAGGUACCCUGAAAGUUGACCCAAGUGAAAGAUUUAGGGUUUCUGAUAUCUUGGAGAGACUGGCAGCUAUUGGAGAAACCAAAGGAUUUAGUAUGAAAGCUCCCAUCCAGAUUGAGUGCAAGAAGAUUGAUUUAACGACCCCAGUCCAUCAACCUGAGAGUAAUGGGAGACUUGGUGAGAGACGCUCUGGUGCACCAGAUCGACCUCCUGCCAGACCCCCAGCCCCACGAUCUCCUGUACCUCAAAGACCCCCUCAGCCUCAGAGGCCACCUCCUCCAGGGUCUCAUCCUCAACAUGGAGUGGUAGGCCAGUCUCAGCAGCAGACAUCUGCAGGUGGAGGUGGCUUGUUUUCAUCUAUUAAAGGCUAUUCAGGAAGUAUAUUUAAGAACAUCAAGGAUACCUCAAGCAAAGUCAUGCAGACAGUGAGCCAAUCUAUCACUAGAACAGACCUGGAUUUGUCACAUAUAACAUCCCGUGUCAUAGCAAUGUCGUAUCCAGCUGAAGGCCUGGAAUCAGCCUACAGAAAUCAUGUUGAAGAUGUCAAAGCUGUUUUAGAUGGGCGUCACAUGGGCCACUAUGUGAUCUAUAAUGUCUCCGGGCGACAGUACCACUCAACCAAGUUCAGUGCAAGAGUUGUGGAGGGCAACUGGUCAGGCAAAAAGUCAUCAACCCUUGGGGCGCUCUACAACCUCGCUUGUAGUAUUUAUGAUUAUUUAAUAAAGGAUCCCAAAAAUAUUGUUGCUGUACACUGCAUGGAUGGGAAAGCUUCAACUGCAAUGUUAGUCUGUUCCUUCCUCUUAGUGUGCCAUGCAUUUAAGAGACCAGAACAAGCAUUGAACAUGUUUGCCAUCAAGAGAAGUCCUCCAGGUCUGCAGCCCUCACAAUUCAGAUACCUUGAAUAUGUCCGAGAUCUGGUUGCUUCUCCGGCUGUGAUUCCCCACUUCAAGCCUGUGACCAUCACCUCCGUCAUCGUCUCCCCCAUUCCACUGUUCACACAGAGAAGAGAUGGAGUGAGGCCAUAUGUAGAAGUAUGGCAAGGUGAACACAGGAUGCUCUCAACACUUCAAGAGUAUGACAAUAUGAAGUUGUACAUGCCUCAAGAUAAUAAGAUUAUUAUUCCAAUCAACAUCCAUCUAGUUGGGGACGUGUGUAUCUAUGUAUACCAUGCCCGAAGAAUGAUGGGGAAGGUGAUGGGCGUAAAGGUGGCCCAGCUGCAGUUCCAUACUGGUUUCAUUCCUGAGGAAGAUACUUCCAUUAGAUACAGUCUGCGUGAGCUGGAUGAUGUCUGUGAACCUGACCGAUACCCCGAGCGGUUUACUGUGACUGUAAACAUUUUUGUAUCGGAUGUAGACCGCGCACCACCUCAGCCACCACCCUGGGUGGCACGACCUGCUACCUCCUUUAAGCCAAAUGUAGCUUAUUCCACUGCUAUUGAGAUGGAAGAGACGAGGGAUAAAUUUGCAGCAAGUGCACAUGGUUCCCCAGCAACGCAUAGACGGGACUCUUUGCCGAAGCCAGGGAUGAUCUCUUCGGAGGCUAACAAGUCUGACUUCAUGGCAUCACUCAAUUGGGAUAAGGCUCAAGGAGGCACUCAGCUACAAAAUCAGCAGGUGGGGCUGCCCCAGACUCUGCCCGCCCACUGGCUGCGGCCCACUGCUGUGUCAGAGCGUGAGCCCCGAUUACAGCGUCACAUUGGCGGGACGCCUGGCAAUGGUGAGGAGAUGCUCAUAUCAGAUGAAGAGGAGGAAGCUGUCACCCCCCAGCCCCCUAAAAAUGUCCCUGAAGUACCUGAGGCGAAAUCCUCCUCCAAAGAAGCCAACCUCUUGGACUGGGGUGGAGCUCCAGAGGCAGAUGUCAGUCAGGCUGCCAAAAACAUGAACCUCUUGGACAUUGCUGACACAUCGGGCAUGAAGAAAGACCCGAGCAACUUUGACCUUCUGAGUGGCUUUGGGGGGAGUGGGAAUGAGUCCAAUGCUAGUCAUGUAAACUCAACCAAGACUGAUAAUGCUCAAGAAAACUUGAAAAAAUAUUCUAUACAGGGAAUGGGAGGCAUGGGCGCUAACCCUAUGGCUUCAGCUAGCAGUCCUAUCAUGAGCAGUGGAAGUCCCAUGAUGGGGCCCAGGAUGAUGGGGGGAGCAACCAGCCCAGUGAAUCCGAUGGCUGGGGGUUUUGCCCGUCCCCCUGCCCCUCCUCAACAGCAGCCUAGCAAGCCAAGCGAUCCUUUCGCUGAUCUUGGUAAUCUUGCUGGAAUGGGUGGAUGGGGAGGUUCCAAGCCUACGACACCCAUGGGAGGCACUCCCAUAGGUGGCACACCUCUGGGUGGAAGCACACCUGUCAUGGGCUCGCCACAGCAUCGACCCCAGAUGGCUGGUGGUUGGCAAGGCCAGACUCCAGGUAUGAUGGGGUCACAAAUGGGUGGUUGGCAGCAAGGCCCCAGACCACAGCAGACCCAACAGAUGCCUCAGCAGAUGCCCCAACAACCAGCUGCAGCCAAGACCCCAGCUGGAACUCCUCACCACCAGAUGAAGUCACCCUCACAGCCUAACUAUGGGAGAGCUAAUUUUGAUGGUGCAUCUAAGAAUGCAGGAGCAUCAAAGGGUAAAGUUGGAGCAGACACCUUUGAAGAUCUGCUUGGUUCUCAAGGGUUCACUUUCAGCAGUGGCAAGGAUUCAGGCCCUAAAACCAUGGCUCAGAUGAAGAAGGUUGAACUUGCCAAGACAAUGGAUCCAGAGAAACUCAAGGUUAUGGAGUGGACAGAAGGGAAGAAAAAGAAUAUUCGGGCACUUCUCUGCUCCUUGCAUUCAAUCCUUUGGGAAGGUUCUAAGUGGAAUGAAUGUGGCAUGCACCAGCUAGUGCAACAGAAUGAUGUCAAGAAAAUGUACCGCAAAGCCUGUCUAGCAGUGCAUCCAGACAAGCUUACCGGAAGUGAGCACGAAUCUCUUGCAAAACUCAUCUUUAUGGAACUAAACGAUGCUUAUUCCGAAUUUGAAAAUGAUCCUAAUCAGCAGCAGAUCUUCAAGUAGAGGAAAUCAUAGAUAGUAUAUGAAAAUAUUAUAACCAGGAAUGAAGCUCUUUUUCUUUUUAUAAGAUUGUGGAAUGAUACUGAUAAAUCACUAAGAAGUUGUGGUGUGACAUAUCCAAAUAGUUGCACUGUAAAUGUGAUAUAGAUGCCUCUUUCCUUUUUUUCUAUUUGCAUCUUUGUUAUUAUUAUAUAUAUUUAGUAAUCCUUCAUUUUGAAGAUUCUCUGAGGGUUUAUGGAGAUAAACAAAAAAUAAAAUAAGGAUACCACAAA